AUGGCCCUUGACUCGACUACAUUUCUCGAUUCAUCCGAGCUGACAAUUUGUUUGUCGGGAGCAAGCAUCAAGAAAAGUUGCAGUUUACGACAUCGAAAGAACCCAAUUUUCCAUAUUUUACAUCCAAAACGAGUUGAUAAAGUUUUUACACCUUUUGUGGAUUCAUUUGAGAAAAUUUCGCCUGCUUGUGCUUUGGCUGUUUGUUGUCAUGUCUUUUUCUUCUGUUUUGGUGUCGACACUUUUACUUUUCGUUUUUCCUUCUUCAACAACUUUACUGCUGUUGCUACUGCUACUGGUGCUGCAUUGUCUCAAUGGAUCAUAUAUUUUGACAAUAUAAAUUUUUAUGGCGAUAAAUUAUGUUUUUCUUUCGGCAGUGCUUACGACACUCAAGGAGCUUUGAGCAGAAGUGGGAAAAUAGAAUUAAUUAGGAGUUUGAAAAGUUUUCCAUUUCGUUUUGUUAUGUUUUUUGCUUCGUUCACACAACUCGUUCGCUUGCUUACUUACUCAAGGGAAAGAAAAACAUUUUCCAAACCCUUUAGCAUGAAGAAGCAGGAAAAGCAACCAAAUCCCGGUUACAAAAAAAAUCCAAGGCUGAACUGCGUCGAUGAAACUGUCAUCAAUAAAUAUUCGAUCUCGUUUUCCGCCCUCUUCCGACUCUCAGAUAAUGUAAAUAAAAAAACCUGCUGA